AUGGCCGACCAUGAGCUCGCCAGGAUUCGUCACAGCGAGCACCUUCUCCUCGACCAACCGCUCCUUCGUCUUCCCAACGAACUCCUCCGUAAAAACUUCCGGUCCGCCCACUUCACCAUCGAGAAAGAUACGACGGCGCUCAAGUCGCUGCUGAAGGAGUCGGCCACGGCUGCCGUCUCCGGCCGCGCCUCGCAGCAGGAUGUUCUCAAGAACAUUGACGCCAUGAUCUCUCGCAUGCGUGGCGUCAAGCGAAAGCUGACGGCCUACGCCGACGAGGAAUCCCGCCUGCACCUUCAGACGGCCGCGCGGAUCGCCCACCUCGACGAGCUCUACUCGAUCGAGUCCGUCGACGACGUCAAGUACGAGGCCUGGAGCCGCAAAAGGCUCGACCGGCUUCUCGCCGACUACCUUCUGCGUCGUGGAUUUAACGAAACGGCGACCGAGCUGGCGGCGGAGAAGCGGCUGCAGAAUCUGGUCGACGUCGACACCUUCGUGAGCAUGAGCCACAUCCGCGAAGCCCUGCUCGCCGGUAGCGUCACUGAGGCCCUCGCCUGGUGCACCGAGAAUAAGAAGGAACUUCGCAAGAUGGAGAGCAAGCUCGAAUUCAUGCUCCGAUUCCAACAGUACAUCGAGCUCAUCCGCGCCCAGUCUUGGCCCAAGGUCAUGGAAGCCAUCGCGCACGCCAAGAAGCACAUCGUCCCGUACUCGUCGACGUAUCCUGUCGAGGUCAACCAAGCCUGCGGCAUCCUUGCCUUCCCCCCGAGCUGCUCGCCGGGCUCGAUGGCCUAUCCUGAACUCUACCAACCCUCCCGCUGGCACGAUCUCGCCGACCUCUUCACCACCGCUCACAACAACCUCCUCUCCCUCCCCUCGGCCCCACUUCUCCACAUUGCAUUGUCCUCGGGCCUCUCGGCCCUGAAAACCCCCGCCUGCCAUUCGGCCGCCUCGCACCAGGGCGAAGGCGAGGGGGCCUCGAUGCUCGGCCACGGCGUCUGCCCCAUCUGCUCUACCGAGCUCAACGAGUUGGCAAGAGAUAUUCCCUACGCCCACCACACAAAGAGCCAUGUCGAGUAUGAUCUCAGGCUUUUGCCCAACGGCAAGGUGUACGGAAAGCAGCGACUCGAGGACCACGCCAAGAAGUCGGGCCUGUCGGAAAGUCAAGUCAAGGAUCCGCGUACGGGCGACGUAUUUUCCGCCGACGUGCUUAAGAAGGUGUACAUUACCUGA